GACCACAGAUAUUUGACUCAAUUCAUAGCGCAGGCGGCCCUGGAUCUGGUGGACGAGUAUAUGUUCACCACAAACAACAUGUAUCUGAAAUGUGUGGACAAAUUCAACGAGUGGUUCGUCACGGCUUUCGUCGGAUCCAAUCAAACCAUACGUUUCCUAUUACUUCACUCUUCGCCGCGAAUCGACGACAACAACAUUAAGUCACUCUUUCACGAGUUGUACGAACUCUACGCCAAGUUUGCCGUCAAUCCUCUCUAUCAACACCACUCGCCCAUCAGAUCCAACCUCUUCGACAAGAAGGCACACCUCUUGGCCAAGAAGUAUCUGCCCUGA